AUGAAUAACUUAAAUGGACAUACGAAUCAAAUCUCUAAUCUUUCAAAUGCACUACAACAAGUGAAUAUAGAUAAUAGUAAUACUACUACUGAUCAAAGCAAUAUAAAUUUUGACGUCUCCUCCAAUGAAAAUAGUAAUCAUAACAGUCAACAUAAUAGCGAUAGCAAUAUUCUAGAACAGAACUACUCUAAUACAGAAAGUAAUCGACAAGAACAAUUGCAACAGCAACAGCAGCAGCAACAACAACAGCAGCAACAACAGCAACAGCAACAACAGCAGCAUGCGCCAUUCGGGGAUAUAGAAUACUCCAGAAUUACCAAAUUCUUCCAAAAUCAACCCAUGGAAGGCUACACUCUAUUUUCUCACAGAUCAGCUCCAAACGGGUUUAAAGUAGCCAUUAUUCUAAGUGAAUUAGGAUUGCAAUACAAUACAAUUUUUCUCGAUUUUAAUCUUGGUGAACAUAGAGCACCAGAAUUUGUAUCUGUGAAUCCUAAUGCCAGAGUGCCCGCUUUAAUCGAUCAUAGUAUGGAUAAUCUCUCCAUAUGGGAAUCCGGUGCGAUCUUAUUACAUUUAGUAAAUAAAUAUUAUAAGGAAACUGGUGAUCCAUUGCUUUGGUCUGACGAUUUGGCUGAUCAAGCUCAAAUUAAUGCGUGGUUAUUCUUCCAAACUUCUGGUCAUGCACCCAUGAUUGGACAAGCUUUACAUUUCAGUUAUUUCCAUUCGCAGAAGAUUCCAAGUGCCAUUGAAAGAUAUACGGAUGAAGUGAGAAGAGUUUAUGGAGUAGUGGAGAUGGCUUUGGCUGAGAGAAGAGAGGCCAUGGUUAUGGAAUUGGAUACCGAUAAUGCAGCAGCUUAUUCUUCAGGUACCACACCAAUGUCACAGAGUAGGUUCUUUGAUUAUCCCGUAUGGUUAGUGGGUGAUAAAUUGACUAUUGCAGAUUUGGCAUUUGUACCCUGGAAUAAUGUCGUAGAUAGAAUUGGAAUAAAUAUUAAGACAGAAUUCCCUGAAGUUUACAAAUGGACCAAACAUAUGAUGAGAAGGCCUGCAGUGGUAAAGGCUCUACGUGGAGAAUAG